AUCACUAUCUCGGUCCACGUUGCGCCCGAAGGCCAGAAGAGAACUCCAUGUUCACGAUCGCAGCGAGUCUUCUGCAAGACGCCGCCACCCGUAGCAAUCUCAGGCUUCUUCGUGCCGGCGUCGUGCCCGAAGACGCCUGCACCGCUUGCAUUCAAGAGGAUCUUUGGGCCUUGGAAGCCGCUCUCGCGCGCAUGCAGACCACCAGCGAUGAGGCUAGCCCUAAUUUAUCUUGCACUCUGAGAUUGCGCGCCGACGUUGAGCGCCAGCAGGCUCUUAGCCGCGCCAUGAUUUCCCCCAUCCGGCGACUCCCUCCCGAAAUACUGUCAAUCAUAUUCGUGCUGGUCGUUCCCGGCGACUGGGGACACUGCGUCUCGGAAUUGCUGAGGCGAACGUCCUUGAGCUCUUCCCAGGUCUGCCAUGUCUGGCGCACGGUCGCGCUCAACACGCCAUGGCUACGGAAUACCAUCGAAAUAGAUCCUUACUGGACUGGGUAUACCCGCCGGCGAGAUACAUUCGACGUGCGUUUGGCCCGCGCUGGACAGGUGCCACUGCGAUUACGCAUCGAUAACUCUGGAUGUUUCAGCAAGCGCGACGCUGAAAUAUGGACCUUGCUGAAGACCCAAUCGCACCGAUGGUCUGCGCUGAAGGUGGUGGGUCCUUCAUACCUGUGCAUCGGCAGGCCCUUCCCUCUGCUGACUCAGCUCGAGCUAGUGGGGGAAUUCUGCGAGUCGGUGGAUCUCGAAUGCUUUGCGUACGCGCCCAUCAUUUCUUUGACUCUGUGCUGUGAUCAGGAGCCCCUGCGCGUGCCAGCGCAGCUCCCUUCGGCGUGGAAUGUCACAAAACUCAUUGUGGACUGCGAUGAGCACCUCGGCCAGGACUUCCUUCGAAUCAUCACUAACUGCAGCGCGCAGUUGCGGUAUCUGACCGUCUCGACUUGCGAUAUCAGAAAAUCCUCCGUCGGCGUCAUGCAAGGCGUAGUCUUCCUCGUGCUCGAGACCCUUACGCUCCGUAAGGCGGCCCUCAAGCUGCUCAGGUACUUUCGCGUGCCCCAGCUCAGGCUAUUGGAACUUUGUGGCGGCGACGAUGUUGCGAAGCAACAGCGCCUCCCUAUGAAGAAUUGGCUACGAACACUGCGCACCGCUCAGGAGGACACCACAAGCUCCUGGGACUCUCUCCGAUGGCUUACGCUUGCCAACUUCUCCCCACAAAAUACAAAAUACAUGAUUGAAUGCCUGGACCUCCUCCCGAACAUACAGAGCCUCAACAUCGAGUGCCGCGACGACGACCCUGUCUGUCCUUGUCUCCCUUCGCGGGAACUGAUACACGCGCUCAUACGCGAUCCUGCGGACGCGACCUCUAUGGGACGACUUCCGCGGCUUAGGCGUCUAGGCCUAUUACUCUCUUUGCCGGAUCGAUUUGGAGAUAUAAAGGCGGCCCUAUUGAGAACGGUACUUUUGACGAGGUUGACGGAAGGCGUGUAUGAUGGGCAGGUGCUGGCGAGGCUAGAACGGUUUGACUCGGACCUCCCCGGGGACUGGACGGUCGGUGGUCUGUUGGAUAGGUACUUCAUCGACUCGGAGACAUAUGCACCUUCACUGGAGACGCAAAUGUUGUUCGUCUGAUGGCGGCAUCCGUCCUCCAUCUGCUAUUCACUCACGUACAUCGUAUACUACACUCUGACUAUAACUGCCAUGUUGAAUGCUAUACAUCCAUCCC